AAUUUCUAUCAAAGAAAUAAUAGAAUUUUCGGUACCGAAACAAUUUACCAGAUGGCGGUAAGAAUGGGAAUUGGUACUUUGGUCUGGCGCCAGAUGGCGACGAAAUAAAUAAGUGGCGUCGAAUCGGGGGAAAUAGGAAGCGAAGAAGACCGGGAUAUUUUUAAAAAUUACCAGGAAAGAGGGGGAAUGGUCGGAAGGUCGGGGGCGUGGGAGGUUGCCCUUAACCAGCGACUCGCCCGAGCUUAGCGAUCGAUAGAAAGAUGGCGACGACGGAAAGUCGACCGGCAGAGCAAUACGGACUGCGUAUAGCGGGCGACGGAAGAGAAAAUGCCAAAUCGCCGAUUAAUCCGGUGAGCAACGCUUACCUGGACGACAAACCGGAGCACGAGGAUCUUAUUCAUAAGACAAUUUUGGUAGGAGACAGCGGAGUCGGAAAAACCUCUCUUCUAGUUCAGUUCGAUCAAGGCAAGUUUCAAACGGGAUCGUUUUCUGCCACCGUGGGAAUAGGAUUUACGGUGAUGUUGGUGGGCGAUUCGGCAGUCGGAAAAACUUGUAUGUUAAUUCGUUAUAAAGACGGCGCGUUUUUGUCUGGAGUCUUCAUCACCACCGUCGGAAUAGAUUUUAGGAACAAGAUUGUAAACGUAGACGAAACCAAAGUAAAAUUACAGAUAUGGGACACUGCCGGACAAGAAAGAUUCAGAAGCGUAACGCACGCUUAUUACAGAGACGCACACGGUGAGUAAAUUAUUUUUAUGUCCAACACUUAUGUCAUAUGUUUGGUUAGAGUAAUCAGUAUUAUCGGUGCCUAUACGUUAGACUUAUCUUUCUUUUAAAUGGACACGUUCUAAACACCGUUGAAAUUAAUUCUACUCAUAAUUCGAUCCUUCUAAUUUGCGAAGCGUUACUCUACCUUAUAUUAGUGAUAAGAACUAAUGAUACUAUUGUUUCGAACAUUUCAUACAAGCCUAAAUAUUAUAUAUGUGAAUGAAGAUUAUGUCAAAAAACAUGUGUUCCGGUUCUUUCUAGAUGGAAGACGUUGCAAUGUCCUAGUAGUAGUAUCACAGCUUUUAUUUUCGAUUUACUCGUGUUGGAAAUAAUCCUUAUUAUGUUUAGUCUAAGUACUGUACCAAUUCAUUAGUAGUAAUGCCAAAGUUCUUCGUUUACAUAGAAAGUUACGUUUCGUACUAAUGUGUAAUACUGUAAUUGAGUAGUGUAGUCUAGACUCUUAGAGUAUAAUAAUUGAGAGAGAUUUUCCUAAGUCGUUACGAUUCACACGAAACUUCCCGACAGCCACGAUUUAAAAAUUUAGAAAGAAUUUUGAUAAACUCGCCGUUUUUACGAAUCUGUGGAGAAAGAAAGAAAACAGCAACGAGUUGCGUAACUUUCCCGGAAAUAAAGUUAAAAAUUGUCUGCGGCGCCAAAUGUUUGCGAUUUUAUUUAAAAAACUUUUAAUAUUAUUUAGUUAUUAUAAAAUGGCAAAAAGCUUAAUUUUGAGGUAGA